AAAUUCAGGGGAAGGCAGGCUCCGAGAGUUUGAGAUUUGCGGCCUCUGCCAGGCCACCGCCUUUGCUGUCCGCAGGGAGGAAGAGCCGGGAGGCGACGGCGGCCGGAGGAGGAGAGGAGGCGGCCGCGACGUGAGGGGAGCGCAGAGGCGGGGACGGGCCGGCGGCGGCCUGGGCGCUGCAGUGAUUUUGACAUUUUACCCGGCUGGGUCCCCCGCGGCCGCCGGCCCUGCUGCGCUGGGUGGAUCACCCGGCCUCGCGCGCGCCCCGCGCCCUGCGCGACCCUCCGCCCACCCGCGCGAGGCCGCAGGGCGUCCCCGGCUCGGAGGCGAGGCGGGCGAGGGGAGGGAGACUGGGCGUGCGGGCAUCGCCAUGGCGGGGACAUUUUCCACAACGUGAUUGUUAAAGACUCCCCCCCCUCCCGCGCGCCUUAAAAUUCCGGGCCCUUCCAGCCUCCACCCUCCCCCAAGCCCGUGUGACUAAACCGAGACAAAGGGGAGGCGGCCUCGCUAACACGCGCGCUCGCGGGGCAGACGGACGGAGGGACAGACGGACGCGCGGACACGGCGCCGCCACAUUCCGGUGCCCGGGGGCAGCAGGUCCCGCGGGAGGCGGCGGGCUCGCGGCGCGCGCUGCUGAGCUGCUGCCCGCUCGGUCGGUCGGCGGGCGCCCUGCGGCCUCGCCCGGCCCCGAUGCUGGGAGCUCGCCUUUCUGGCCCUCCCCACGACGAGGCCGCAGCAUGUGAAGGUUAGAGCCUAGACAUCCCGAGGAGCCGCCGUGAAAGAUGGGGGAUGCUGCGGACCCCAGGGAGAUGAGAAAGACCUUCAUCGUGCCGGCCAUCAAGCCCUUCGACCACUACGAUUUCUCCAGGGCCAAAAUCGCCUGCAAUCUGGCCUGGCUGGUGGCCAAAGCCUUUGGGACAGAAAAUGUGCCGGAGGAACUUCGAGAACCAUUUUACACUGAUCAGUAUGACCAGGAACACAUCAAACCUCCCGUCGUUAAUUUGCUUCUAUCAGCAGAACUGUACUGUCGAGCUGGGAGCCUCAUUCUCAAAAGCGAUGCCGCCAAACCUCUUUUGGGCCACGAUGCUGUCAUCCAGGCUUUAGCACAGAAAGGUCUUUAUGUCACUGACCAAGAGAAAUUGGUUACUGAACGAGAUCUCCACAAGAAACCCAUACAAAUGAGUGCACAUUUGGCCAUGAUAGAUACCCUGAUGAUGGCUUACACUGUAGAAAUGGUCAGUGUAGAAAAAGUAAUUGCAUGUGCUCAACAGUAUUCAGCUUUUUUUCAAGCUACAGAUCUGCCCUAUGAUAUUGAGGAUGCUGUAAUGUAUUGGAUAAAUAAGGUAAAUGAACAUUUGAAAGACAUAAUUGAGCAAGAACAAAAAUUGAAAGAACAUCAUACAGUUGAAGCUCCAGGUGGUCAAAAGUCUCCUUCCAAAUGGUUCUGGAAACUGGUUCCAGCUCGUUAUAGGAAGGAACAAACAUUGCUUAAGCAGCUGCCUUGCAUUCCACUGGUAGAAAACUUGUUGAAGGAUGGUACAGAUGGCUGUGCACUAGCUGCCCUUAUUCAUUUUUACUGUCCUGGUGUUGUCAGAUUAGAAGAUAUUUGUUUGAAAGAAACUAUGUCUUUGGCUGAUAGCCUGUAUAAUCUGCAGCUGAUUCAAGAAUUUUGCCAAGAAUACUUGAACCAGUGUUGCCAUUUCACUCUGGAAGAUAUGCUCUAUGCUGCUUCAUCUAUAAAGAGUAACUAUUUGGUGUUCAUGGCAGAACUCUUCUGGUGGUUUGAAGUUGUGAAGCCGUCAUUCGUACAACCUCGCAUUGUUUGUCCACAAGGAGCUGAGCCUGUAAAAGCUUUUCCAUCAAUUCCUGUCUUGAAUGCGGCCAAAAGAAAUGUCUUGGACAGCUCAUGCAGUUCUGAUUUUACUUCAAGUGGGGAAGGAGCUGGAUUCACACAGUAUCAUCAUUUACCUUCUAGAUAUUCACAUCCUCAAGCCCAUUCUUCUACUUCAGUAGGAAUUAGAAGGUCUUCAUCUAUGUCUUAUGUUGAUGGCUUCAUAGGAACAUGGCCCAAAGAGAAAAGAUCAUCAGUGCAUGGUGUUUCAUUCGAUAUUUCUUUUGAUAAAGAAGACAGUGUACAGAGAUCCACUCCAAACCGAGGAAUCACACGUUCUAUUAGUAAUGAAGGGCUUACUCUGAACAACAAUCGUUUACCUAAACAUAUUAGGAAAAAUUUGUCCUUUAAGCCAGUAAAUGGAGAAGAAGAAGCAGAAAGCAUUGAAGAAGAACUUAAUGUUGACCCUCACAGUGACCUCAAAUCUUACUUGCCCUCAAAACGUAAUACAGAUGAACUAAAUUCUAAUGAGAAUAUGCAUUACAAGCUUCCAAAUGGAGCUUUACAAAAUAGAGUACUUCUAGAUGAGUUUGGCAAUCAGAUUGAAACACCAAGCAUUGAAGAGGCAUUACAAAUAAUUCAUGAUACUGAAAAAUCUCCCCGAACACCCCGGCCAGACCAGAUUGCUAAUGGCUUCUUUCUUCAUAGCCAAGAAAUGAGUAUCUUAAAUUCAAAUGUCAAGCUAAGUCAAUCUAGUCCUGAUAACAUAACUGAUACAAAAGGUGCCUUAAGUCCCAUAACUGAUACCACAGAAGUAGACACUGGAAUUCAUGUUCCUUCGGAAGACAUUCCUGAAACUAUGGAUGAAGACUCUUCUUUGAGAGAUUAUACUGUAAGCUUAGAUUCAGACAUGGAUGAUGCAUCUAAAUUUCUUCAGGAUUAUGAUAUAAGAACCAACAACCUCAGAGAAGCUUCAAGUCCUUGUCCAAGCACUAUAAGUACUAAGUCUCAGCCAGGUAGCAGUGCUUCUUCUAGUUCUGGGGUUAAGAUGACCAGCUUUGCUGAACAGAAAUUCAGGAAACUGAAUCAUACUGAUGGAAAAAGUAGUGGAAGCAGUUCUCAAAAAACUACUCCAGAGGGCUCUGAACUUAAUAUUCCUCAUGUGGUUGCUUGGGCACAAAUUCCAGAAGAAACAGGCCUUCCACAAGGACGGGACACAACACAGCUGUUGGCGUCUGAAAUGGUGCAUCUUAGAAUGAAGCUAGAAGAAAAGAGGCGUGCUAUAGAAGCCCAAAAAAAGAAAAUGGAAGCAGCUUUUACCAAACAGAGGCAGAAAAUGGGAAGGACAGCAUUCCUUACUGUAGUGAAAAAGAAAGGGGAUGGGAUUUCCCCUCUUCGAGAGGAAGCAGCUGGUGCAGAAGAUGAGAAGGUAUAUACUGAUCGAGCAAAAGAAAAGGAAUUCCAAAAAACUGAUGGACAAAGGAGCAAGUCUCUGGUAGACAUAAAAGAAAGUAUGGAGAAUCCUCCAACCAAAUGGCUGAAGUCUCCAACAACACCUGUUGAUUCUGAGAAGCAGUGGAACCUCGCAAGCCCCUCAGAAGAGAAUUUAAAUGAAGGAGAGAUUUUAGAAUAUACAAAAUCCAUUGAAAAGUUAAAUUCAUCCCUGCAUCUUCUACAACAAGAAAUGCAACGCUUGUCCCUUCAGCAGGAGAUGUUAAUGCAGAUGAGGGAGCAGCAGUCUUGGGUGAUUUCACCGCCGCAACCCUCUCCACAGAAACAGAUCCGAGAUUUUAAACCAUCCAGGCAGGCAGGCCUGUCAUCCACUGUUGCACCAUUCUCCUCAGACUCCCCUCGCCCAACUCACCCAUCUCCACAGUCUUCUAACAGAAAAAGCACAUCUUUUUCUGUUAAAAAUCAAAGGACUCCUAGGCCAAAUGAACUAAAAAUAACACCUUUGAAUAGAACCCUGACGCCCCCACGGUCUGUAGACAGUCUUCCUCGCUUAAGGAGAUUUUCACCAAGUCAAGUUCCCAUUCAGACUCGGUCAUUUGUAUGUUUUGGGGACGAUGGAGAACCUCAGUUAAAGGAAUCCAAGCUGAAAGAGGAGGCUAAGAAGGAGGACUUGGAAUGUAAAGGGGCUCUAGAACAGCAGGGACAUAAUCCUCAAGAAAAAGAGAUGAAACCUUUUGAGUCAACAGUUUCAGAAGUUCUGUCACAGCCUGUCACAGAGACUGUAUGUCUGACACCAGAGGACCAGUUGACUCAACCCACAGAACCACUUCCUAAACCCAUUUUUCCACCUGUCACUCCUAAAAAUGUUAAUCUGAUUGAAGUUUCCCUCUCAGAUUUGAAACCCCCUGAAAAGGCUGAUGUGUCUGUUGAAAAAUAUGAUGGAGAAAGUGAUAAAGAACAAUUUGAUGAUGACCAGAAAGUAUGCUGUGGAUUCUUUUUUAAGGAUGAUCAAAAAGCAGAGAAUGAUAUGGCAAUGAAACGAGCAGCUUUGAUGGAGAAACGAUUAAGAAGGGAGAAAGAAAGUCAGCUUCGGAAACAGCAGCUGGAAGCAGAAAUGGAGCAUAGGAAAGAGGAAACAAGGCGUAAAACUGAAGAAGAGCGUCAGAAAAAAGAAGAUGAAAAAGCACGCAGAGAAUUUAUUAGGCAAGAAUAUAUGAGGCGAAAACAACUGAAACUAAUGGAAGAUAUGGAUACAGUGAUUAAACCCCGUCCUCAGGUGGUAAAACAGAAAAAACAGCGGCCAAAGUCAAUUCACAGAGAUCAUAUCGAGUCCCCAAAGACCCCAGUCAAAGGUCCUCCAGUCUCUAGCCUUUCUUUGGCAUCGCUGAACACAGGUGAUACUGAGAGUGUUCAUUCAGGCAAGAGAACACCAAGAUCAGAGUCUGUAGAAGGUUUCUUGUCUCCAAGUCGCUGUGGCAGUCGAAAUGGAGAAAAAGACUGGGAAAAUGCAUCUACAACUUCUUCCGUGGCUUCUGGGACGGAAUAUACAGGACCAAAACUCUACAAAGAACCCAGUGCAAAGUCCAAUAAGCACAUAAUACAAAAUGCUUUAGCCCAUUGCUGUCUGGCCGGAAAAGUAAAUGAAGGUCAGAAGAAAAAAAUCCUGGAGGAAAUGGAGAAAUCAGAUGCCAACAACUUCUUAAUCUUGUUCCGGGAUUCAGGCUGCCAAUUCAGGUCGUUGUAUACUUAUUGCCCAGAAACUGAAGAAAUCAAUAAACUGACUGGGAUAGGCCCUAAAUCUAUCACUAAAAAAAUGAUUGAGGGACUUUACAAAUAUAAUUCUGACAGGAAACAGUUCAGCCACAUACCUGCUAAGACUUUAUCUGCCAGUGUUGACGCAAUUACCAUUCAUAGCCAUUUAUGGCAGACCAAAAGACCAGUAACACCCAAAAAACUUGUACCUACUAAGGCAUAGGAGUUGGGAAAUACUUGCUUCAGAACAUUCAUGGUAAAUUUGCACUUCAUCUUUCCUGCCUGUAGAAAAGCUUUCUAAUUGCCAACAAGACUUUUUAAUUAAAACUGGACAUUAACUCUGUUGUCAUGAACAACUGGAAUGUAAACCAUUGUAUUUUGGAUUGCAGAAGAGUCUCAUUUAGGUGGUAAGUCCAAGUGAUGAAAGGAAGUGUUUGAUUCCCGAAUGGAGAUCUAUAUGUUACUGAAUUCAUCUGCUUGAUACUAUAUAAGUGAAGUCUUGGAUUCUCAUGAUCAGAAAGGAAUAGAUGUUGAAAUAUGGCUAGGAUUACAAAUUAUGUGUUGUAUUGGUUGCUUUUUUUUUAUCUUUUACUGUACAUGUUUGUCCUCAGAUCGUUUGUUUUGUUCCCUUUCUCUCCUGAGGGUUUAUUCUAAGAUACUUUUAUAUUUUGUUUUAUGUAGAGAUCAUGAAAGUAGGAAAUAUACCUUCAGAAAUAAUUUGCACCUUUUUUACAAUGUUGAGAAACACUAGUGUUACAUUUUACAAUAAUCUUCAUGUUUUAAAGGUAUUAGAGCAUUUGCAAAAUUAUUCUAAGUAUUUACCAUUCUGUAUUUAUUAUUCACACAAGUAUUAAUAUUUCUCUAUUAAGAGGUGUUGUAAAGAGCUGCUAGUAGGUUUGCUUUAAACUGUAUGAACUUAACCAAGAAUAUGUUAUAAGAAUUUGCUGAUUAAAUCAGUGCUGUUUUUACACCACUUCUGGCCAACUCAGAAUAAUUUAGAUUGUUCUUUUAACAGAAAAGGCUUUCUAUCUCUUUUAAAGUAAGUCACUUUAUAAGCUGGCAGAAGUAAAUGACACUUUGAGAGUAGUCUUUCAGUCUGAAGAUGUAAGAUUUCCUGAAGCAAAUUCUCAGGAGAUCUUUACAUUAUAUUUAUAACUGACACAAAAAUUAUAUUUAGAAUUUUUAAACAUGUACAAAGGGCUACAUUUUAAUUUUAAAAUAGCUCCAUGUUAUUUUACUUAUAUUGAGUUUUUCUUCUUUUUAAUCCUUUUCAAGUGGAACGGCUUAAGUUAAGGACACACUUGAAGUCUCCUCUACAUGAUCUUUGUUCUUUAACAGUGUAUACCAGAGGGUUAGCUGAGGAAAAACUUCAUUCUCAGGAAAAGACUUGAAUGAUUAUGUGACCCUGUUAUGUUUCAGUGUUGUGACAACUGUGUAAACUAGGGGGGGAAGACAGUAUUGUAUCAUAAAUGAGAUGCGUAGUUUGUUUUCUUUAAUGGGAAGUAGAAAUGAAAAUACAUUUCUCUAAUUGAGCUGUUUAGAGAGAGAACUAAUGUCUCAUAUGAUGUAUUUACUUAUUUAAAAAAAAUAGGAAUGAGAUGUCCCUGAGCUGUACUUUUCUAUUAUAAGGCCUUUAGGCAUCAGUGCAUCUGGUUUACCAACAUUUUCUCAAAUGCUGUCAAUAUUUUACUGUAAUUUAUGUUCUUAUAUUUAUGUAUAUUUGUUAAAACUGUAAAAACUUUCACAGAUUUUUUUUCCAAUACCUGUGCAAGAUAUAUGUGUAGCUCAAAACUAUCUGUGAUCUGCUGUUCGCAUGUGAGAGACCAGGAUAUGUAACUCUUAUAUUUUAAGUGUAUACAUAUUAUGUAUAUAAUAUAUAAAUAUGAAAAUGGGGAAUUAUACAUCUUACCUUUCAAAUAACAAUUUUUAUCACAGAAAGGAUCAUCAAAUAUGUUUAGAUUCUCCUAGUUUAUAAUAAGUAUAAGUAAAUUAAUCCGAAAGCAAGUAAUAGUCAAAGGAAAAAUUUAGGCAUUUUACAUUACUAAAUUCUUUCCAGUUAAAUUUCCCUUACCAAGGCAAUUGUCUUGAUAUUACCUGGUAAUUAAAUUUUAAAAAUUGGAUGUAAGACAAUGGAAGAGCUAUUGAACCCUAAACAAAACUAACCUUUAUUCUUAUAUUUGUGUUCAGCAAUUAAAUUGAAAUCUGUAAGGUCUAAAGGUACAAUGUGACUAUUACCACAAAGCUCAUUGCUCUCAGUAUAAUAUUUUACUUUAUUAAUGCAGAAGGAAUACGAGAUAUUCUUUAAGUCUGCAGAGUUUUUAUUUUGGUGCAGCUUUUUAAAAAUUAUGUUUUAAAAUUACACAAAAGAAAAAAACAUCCCAUUUCAUAACGUUUGGGGAUUUUUUUCAACCUUACUGAAAUGCACUGGUGCUUUCAUUAUUGAAGGUCAAGUUAUAAUUAUUCAAUCAAAUUUGCCAAACACUUGUCAUGGAUAUCAGUGUAGCCUGUCAAAUUCAGCUGUUUGACAUGGCUUUGGAAAGCUUUUAAUUCCUCUUGGUUUUUCAGUUUUGUUUAGAAUGACUGUUACAGUUUUUAUUUGGCUGUUUAAAGCCAAAGUUAGCUCUUAAUUCUGACUUCAUGGACACUGUUGGGCAAUGUACAGUGUAUGGUAUGCGUACCUGUCCACUUUAGAGCAUUGCUUACAGGUUUUUUAAAAGAUGCUGUGCUGUAAAAUAUUGUCAUAUUUGCUAUUUCCUGAAACAGUGUAGUUUUUCCCCUUUCAUUUGAAUAAAAGCAUGGCACCAAA